AUGCUCGCCGCCCAGCGCGGCUCCGAGAUGGAACCUCGCAAGCGGGCACGCUGUUUUUCGCCUCAGAAGUCCCAGGAGGCUGAGAUCGCGGAGCGGGCUCGCCUUCGCAAGCGUGCUGAACAGGAGAAGCAGUUUGUGUACGCGCAUGACACGAAGACCAGCGAGGUGUGGUUCCUUGUGUGUUCACAGUGGCUGCAGCGGUGGAAAGACUUCGCGAACGGCAAGGGUGCUCUCCCAGGUCCGAUUUCCAACUGCAACCUUGUCGGCGCAGAUGGGUCCCCGCUGCCAGACAAGAAAGUCCAGAAAGACUACCGCGCAGUCAACCAGAAGGUUUGGGAGUUUUUGCGGAAGCAAUAUGGCGGUGGACCCGAGAUUCUUCGUCGCCAGACAAUGCAGCUAUACGCCGAAAUGCGGAAGCCACAGCCGAAUGUUAAUCCGCAGGCGAACAAGCCGCCGGCAUCUUGUGCCCCUGCGCCUCGGGCAAACCCUCCACCAGCUCGCACGUCCUUCAGCCCCAUGGAGACCGGAAAGCGCCCCGCGAACCCAGCCUACCCUCCAGAGCCUUCCAAAUCCCAGCAGCAGGAGAAGCCCCAGGGGCCCCAGCAAAGGCCGGCCCAAAAGCGCAAGCUCACAUGCGACAAGUGCGACGGUAACCAUGCCACCACUGACUGCCCACACUUCAAGAAGCCCAGGGACCAGCACCCUGAUGCCUGGCAGCUCGUCGGCAAGUCGCACCUGGUGGCUGCAAGCCAGGCAGAUCAGAAGUUCGUGUCCAGGGGAAGGGUUGUUCCCCAGCCCGGUGACGGCUCCUGCCUCUUCCACGCUUUGGCCUUUGGGCUCGGCGGGACCUCGGCCCGUGCCUUGCGCGAGGAGGCUGCACAGCUCAUCGAGAGGCAGCCCCACUCUCAGAUCAUCGGCACUGCACUCCAGGAUUGGGUGAAGAUGGACUCAGGCCGCAGCGUUAGCGGCUAUGUCGGCCAGCUUCGCAGGGGUGCUUGGGGGGGUGGCAUUGAGUUGGCCGUGCUGGCCAAGAGCCGCAGGGUGAUGGUGGAAGUGUAUGAAGCCCGCCGGGGUGGCUUUGCGCGCAUUGCCAAGUUCGGCGAGGGCAGGAAGGCGGUGCAGGUGCUGUACCAGGGCAGGCUGCACUAUGACGCGCUGCCAGUGCCUCCCACCUGUGCCGCCAAGCGAGCGAGCUCCGUCGGGACUGAGAGCUCCCAGAACCUCCUCUGCCGGGAGGCCAGUGUCACGCAGAUGUCCGCCGCAGAAGGUGAAGAGGAGGCCGCUGAGGCGCCGAACAAUGCCGAGCCGGGCAGCUUCGAGGCGUCCUACAUGCUCUUGGGCGACGCGCCCUUGGGAGAAGGUAGCUUUGGCCUAGUUUGGCGCUGUCAGCGCUGGAAGUGUGAUGGAGACGCUGCAGCAGGCUGCGAAGAGCGUGCAGCCAAGCGCAUUGCCAAGGCUCGGCUGGCGCCGCGCGAUGUGCGGAACCUGUUCGGGGAUGGACACCUGGAGGGGGAGAUCAAGAUGCAUCUGGGGCUGGCGCACCCGCACAUCGUGGGACUCUACGAAGUGUUCCAGGAUGCUGACGUGGUGUCACUCGUCAUGGAAUGCUGCAAUGGCGGUGACCUCUUCGAUCUCGUUGCCGCGCAUGCCAAAACAGGAGGCUUGACCGAGACGUGUUCCGCACGAAUACAAGUGCAUCUGCUCUCGGCGCUGGCUUUCCUCCACGAACUCCCUGUGGUGCAUCGCGACGUGAAGUGUGAGAACGUGCUGCUCUCGCAGAAAGGAGCCCCUCCUGAGCAAAAUACCUACAAGCUCUGCGACUUCGGUUUCGCUGCGCGACCGGAACCUCCGAACUACCGCCUCACCACACGCAUGGGCUCCCCCGACACUGUCGCUCCCGAGGUCGUGCGCGGGGAGCCAUACUGGACCCCUGUCGACUGCUGGGCAGCAGGCGUUCUGCUGUACAUGUCCCUGAGCGCCACACCGCCGUUCUACGCUACCUCAGACGCUGAGGUUCUUCAGAAGGUGAAGCAUUGCCUGUACAAGCGACCUGGCUGCAAUUGCGGCUCCAAGUAA